UUAUAAGAUUUUAUUACUUAUCUAAAAUCUUUGUUCAAUACUCAGUAAAUUUUCGAACAAAACGGAAAUUAAAGUGAAUAAAAAAAUAAUUAGUUGUAUGGAAAAAAAAAUUCUUUGGUAAAUAUAUAAAUCAAAAAUAAAUUGAAAAAGAAGAAGAGAAUAUGCAUACGACGGGAGUCGUCUCUCUUGACAUAACCAGCAAGGGUAUACACUGAAAGCAAAAUGUACAUAAUAUCUGCUACUUCUAAAAUACGCACUACUAUCCACUUUUUUCAACAAGCGAAGUGUAUCAUGUACACUUUGCCGAAGAAAUUUGUCGUUUUCUUUUAAUAUACAGAAAACUAUUUUCAGUUUCAACAAAUAUCUUUCAACUACGCAUAGACUGUAAUCUAUUAAGUUAGAUAAAAACUGUAUCUAUAUGUUUACUCAGACGAUACAAACAUUGUUUUAUGUUUCAUUUUUUUGAGCAGUCAUCCUAUUCCGCAAAGUAACACAUUCCUGCACAUUCCUGCAUAUUCUUGCAUAGGUACAUGUAUUCAUGUUCUACUUAACAUUGGGAUACAAAUAUAGAUAUAAUUCCCCUUUGAAUUCUGGAAUUGCAUCUAUAUGGAAUGACCAGGAAUUCCUGCACAAUCCUGCACAUUCCUGCACAUUUCUGCACAUUCGUGCAUAUUCUUGCAUAUUCUAUCAUACGUAGUUGUAUUCAUGUUCUACUUAACAUUACGAUAGAAAUAAAGAUGCAAUUCCCCUUUGAAAUUCCGGAACUGCAUCGAUAUCGAAUGACCAGCAAUUCCUGCACAUUCCUGCACAUUCGUGCAUAUUCCUGCACAUUUCUGCACAUUCCUGCCCAUUCCUGCACAUUCGUGCAUAUUCCUGCACAUUUCUGCAUAUUCCUGCACAUUCGUGCAUAUUCCUGCACAUUUCUGCACAUUCCUGCCCUUUCCUGCCCAUUCCUGCCCAUUCCUGCACAUUCGUGCAUAUUCGUGCAUAUUGCUGCAUAUUCUUGCAUAGGUACGUGAAUUCGUGUUCUACUUAACAUUGGGAUACAAAUAUAGAUACAAUUCCCCUUUGAAUUCCGGAAUUGCAUCUAUAUGGAAUGACCCGGAGCUCCUGCAUAUCCUAAUCAUUACGGUUGUGCACAAAUUCCGGAAUUCCGCUUUCCAUUUCUUGAAGCUCGAGAAAUGAUCAUUUAGCCAUCCAUGACAUGUUUCCAAUUGCGGAAUAGGCAGCAAUGACCCGGAAUAAGCAGGAAUGACCCGGAAUAGGCCGGAAUGACCCGGAAUAGGCCGGAAUGACCCGGAAUUCCUGCAUAUCCCAAUGAUUACGGUUGUGCACAAAUUCCGGAAUUCCGCUUUCCAUUUCUUCAAGCUCGAGGAAUGAUCAUUUAGCCAUUCAUGACAUGUUUGGAAUUCGGGAAUAGGCAGGAAUGGCCCAGAAUUCCUGCAUGUCCUAGUGAUUCCGCAUAUGCAGAAAUUCCGGAAUUCCGGGUUGUUGCUUGUUUUUGGGGGAAAGGGUCGUUUUUGCUUUUCCGGAAUUGAUGGUAAGGGAUUGCAUGUCAGAAGGCGAUGCAGGAAUGUGUAACUUUUGGGAAUAGGAAGUAUUCUCAUUUUUUUACAUUCCAUGAAUUAUUUUGCUCAAAAUGAUUUGUUGAAGACAUUCAAAUAGUGAUUUGAAUAGCCAAUGAAUAGUUCUAUCUAACACAUUGUAUACCAGGAUUUCAUCGAUAGAUUAUGGUGGCAAAGUUUCUAAAAAACUCAAAACCGUAUUUUUUUAGGUUCUUGAAGACUUUGUGGAAGUUGUUUUUUGAUAAUUAGUUUUUUGAUAAUGCCCUCUUAAAGAGCGUAAAAUUUUAAACAAAAUGAUGGAUCGCCAUGUUUUUUACGACCUUCCCUUGAGAAGUUACAGGUGUCACAAAACACGAAAAAACGCAUUUUUUAGUCAAUUUUCAGCGAGUUUUUGAUAAAAUUUACUUUCUUUCGUGUUUUUUGAUACCUGUAACUUGUCAAGGGAAGGUCGUAAGAAACGUAGCGAUCCAUCGUUUUGUUCAAAAUUUUACGCUCUUUAAGAUGGCAUUAUCAAAAAACAAAUUAUCAAAAAGCAACUUCCACAAAGUCUUCAAGAACCUGAAAAAUACGGUUUUCAGUUUUUUAGAAACUUUGCCGUCAUAAUCUAUCGAUGAAAUCGUGGUAUAUAAUGUGUUAGAUAGAGCUCUUCAUUGGCUAUUCAAAUCACUAUUUGAAUGUCUUCAACAAAUCAUUUUGAGCAAAAUAAUUCAUAAAAUAAAAGGUGCUCUAAACAUGUGUCCCCCACUAUAUAUGUGUACUUUAUCGGUAUCAAAAUAAAGUGUAUUGUACAUCUUGUUUUAGUAUCCCAUUACAAAUAUUGCUCUGCAGUGCAGCAACUAAUAUGUUGUGGCAUCAUAAGCAGAUAAGAUGACCAUGUUUUCAAGGACUUUAAAAGAAAUCUGGGGGAGGAGGGCAGUCAGACAUAUUCUGGGAGGGCUUAGCCCCCUCUGACCUUCCCUUGGCGUCACCAUUAAUUUUAAUUCUUAUUCAAAUCUCAACAAUCGCAAUAGAUACUUUAAGAAUAUGAUAGAAAAACCUUUAUUUUUAUAAAAUAUAUUAAUAUAUUAUUGAAAUUAUGUUUUAGAGGAGUGAUUCAUUAAUUUUAAUUUCAGUUUUUGUCAUGUAAUUGAUGCAUUCCUAUUGUAGAAUUUCAUUUUAUAGACAUAUUGCCAUUUAUGAAGACAGAAAAGAGAUGAUGUUGUAAAAAUGUCUAUUAUGAUCUAUAAAAGAAGAGAGAGAGAGAGAGAGAGUGACAAGAUAGAAAGUAGCGAAUGUAGAAUAAUAUAAUUUCUUCUGUAUUUUUUAUUAGUCCAUUAAAAUUCCAUUUUACAAAAAUAUACUUUUGUCAAAUUUGACCAAAAAAGAAAAACAGUUAUAUUUUAUUUUCAACUAUAAGUGAAUUAUAAUUGAAAAUGAUCAGUUACUUUUAUUUAGUAACGUAAUUGUUCACUCAAAGCAUCGUUGAAAAUAUAAAUUAAGUCUUAUUUUUUCCUUCAUUGUAGAACUAUCAAUCCUUAUUUAUAUUGAUAUUUAAAAUAAUAUAUUCUUAUCAUAAAUAAGAAUUUAAAGAGGAUUUUCUUUUCUAGGUCCUUUUAUAGAAUGGACAUAUCAAGAUAAAGAAUAUCUCAGAAUACUUGCUCUUCUUAUUUCAAUACCUGUUCGACUUAAAUAUAUUUUUGUUCAAAAAUUUGAAUGGCUUUUAUUUGUUAUUCAAUGUCGUUUUCAUCACUUGACAAAUAAUGCAUUAAAUAGUAUUCAAUAUGCUGAAUUUGGUAUUUCAAGUUGUAAUAUUGGUGCAGAUAGUUCAACUCAUAUUGGCAAACAUCUUGUACCCUUUCUCAAUACUUAUAUGCCUUAUUUACAAACAUUACGUCUUUGGAGACCAGAUGAUUUCCCUUGGACAUCAAGUAAUGUUUAG